AUGGACCCUAUUAAGUAUAUUUUGGAAAAGCCUGCUCUCACGGGAAGAGUUUCCAAUUGGCAAAUGAUUUUAAUAGAAUAUGAUAUUCAAUAUACGACUAAAAAAACCAUAAAGAGUAGUAUAGUUGUUGAUUAUUUGGCUCAUCAACCUAUAGAGGAUUAUCAGCAAAUGAAAUUUGAUUUUCCUGAUAAAGACAUGUUAUUUAUCAAAGAAUAUUACAAUAUACCAGAUCCAGAUGAAGGCCUAGAGCCAGGAUCGCGAUGGACGCUCGUGUUCAACGGUGCUUCAAAUGCUUUGGGAAGUGGUGUUGGAGUUGUCAUUACUUCUCCCACGAGUUUUGAUAUUUCUUUCACUGCCAGAAUCUGCUUUAAUUGUACAAACAAUAUGGCCAAAUAUGAAGCUUGCAUCUGCGGGAUUGAAGCAGCUAUUUAUUUGAGAAUCAAUAAUUGA